AAAAGGGAUGUGCGUCAAUGAUCUUGGGCAUAAUCAGAAAACGCCAUUGCACUUAGCAGCUGAAAAUGGCCACAAAGAUGUAAUAGAAAUUUUAUUAAAGCACAAAUCCGAUGUUGCAGAAAAAGAUAGAAGCAAUCUAACACCAUUACACUAUGCAGCACGUCAUGGUCAUCACGGUAUUGUUAUGCUUCUUUUGUUGAAUAAAAGAAGCACAGCUAAUUCUAUUGGUAAUGGUUAUUGGACCCCUUUACACUUUGCUGCGCAGAAUGGCUACCCAGAAGUAGUUAAAAUUCUACUUAAAAACAAAGCAAAUGUCAAUGAUAGAACAAACCAGGGUGACGCACCGUUAUCCUGUGCAGCGCAAGAGGGUCACUUAGAGGUAGUUAAAAUUUUACUUGAACAUGGAGCAGAUAUUAAUAACCGAUCUAUUGAUGGUUUAACGCCCUUAUACAGUGCAGUUUUGAGUAACAAUUUAGAGGUGGUUAGAACUCUACUUGCAAAAAAAGCAAAGGUAGAUGUUUCACAUAAUAAUUCGAUACCUUUACAUGCAGCAGCAGAACGUGGCUAUUUUGAUAUAGUUAAUGUUUUACUUGCCAAUGGUAGUAAAGUUGACCAUCUGGGAAGUAAUAAUGUAACAGCACUACAGCUGGCUGUAGAGCAUGGUUACACAGAUAUUGUUCAGCUUCUAAUAGAUAACAAGGCUAAUGUCAAUAAGGCUAAUAAAAGUGGUUAUACACCCUUACAUUUGGCAGCCAAGGGUGGUGAUGACAAGGUGGUUGAAACCUUACUAAUGAAAGGGGCUAAGGUUCAUGCUAAAUCAAUUUAUAAUACUUAUACACCUUUGCAUUUUGCGGCAAUAUAUGGUCAUGUGCAUGUGGUAAAAAUUUUACUUCAAAGUGGAUUUGAUGUUAAUGCUAAAGCUUUAGAUGGUUCUACACCUUUAUGCUAUGCAGCAGAACAUGGCCAUGAUGAAAUAGCAAAAGUUCUACUUAAAAAAGGAGCAAAAGUUAAUGAUCCGGAUAAUAAUAAGUGGACACCGUUACAUUAUGCAGCACACGAUGGUAGAUUAGAUGUAGUGAAAACUUUACUUGCAAAUGGAGCAGAUGCUAAGAUAAACACAGGCCAGAAUAAUACAUCUUUACAUCUUGCCGCAGGAAAUAAUCAUCUGAAAAUAGUCAAAGCCUUACUUAAAAAAACAGAUAUUAAUACUAAGGGUAGUAGUGGCACACCUUUACAGUGUGCAGCAGAAGGUGGUCAUUUAAAAAUGGUUGAGUUUUUACUUGCAAAUGGGGCAAAUGUAAAUGCUAAGGAUGAUGAUAGCUGGACACCUUUACGAUUAGCAUCACAAAAUAAUCAUUUAGAAGUAGUACAGUUUUUACUUGGAAAUGGAGCAAAUGUUAAUGCUAUUGACAAUGAGCAGUUUACCCCUUUAUUUGUAGCAAUAGACCAAGGCCAUAUUAAGAUUGCAGAAGCUCUACUUGGUGGAGGAGCAAACAGUAAUAUUUCUGGAAUGAACAAUAUUACACCAUUGUACAUAGCAGCAGAAAGAGGUUAUAAUUAUGUAAUUGAAACCUUACUAAAUAAGGGAGCUUGUGUUAACGCUGAAUCUCAUGAUGGCACAACACCAUUAUAUGUAGCUGUUCAAAAUGGUCACAUGGAAGCUGUUAAAACUUUAUUAAAACGAGGAGCCAAGAUAGACGUUGACAAGAAUGAAAAGAGCGAUAUCUUGCACCUAGCAGUUGCAAAGGGUUGCAAGGAAAUGGUUCAGAUUUUACUGGAAAACGAUAGCACUAUCAUUAAUACUAAAGCUAAAUGUGGCUGGACACCAUUACAUGCAGCUGCUGUAGUUAAUAGUAGUGAGGUUAUUGAAGUUUUGUUAAAAAAGAAAGCCAGCAUCGAUGCUAGAGAUGACGAGAACUUCACUCCUUUAUUUUUGGCAGUACGAUUAGGCCAUGUAAAAGCAGUGAAAGCUCUGCUUACCGGAGGAGCUAAUGUAAAUGCUUUAGGAAAGUUGGUGGCAAAAGAUAACGUAUCCUUUAUUGUCGUCACACCAUUACAAAUUGCUAUAGGAAAGGGUGAUCAAGAGGUUGUGGGGAUCCUAUUGAAAAAUGGUGCUAAUAUUGGUAUCAAAGAUAAUAAUGGUAAAACUCCUUUGCAUCUUGCUGUCGAUGGUGGCUAUCAGGAUAUAGUUGAAGAUUUGCUAAAAAAACAAGCAGAAGUCAAUAUUACUGAUAAUAAUAACCAAACACCGUUACACUUAGCUGCAGCAAAAGGUCAUGAAGGCAUUACUAAGGUCUUUUUUAACUAUAAAGCUAAGAUUGAUGCCAAGGCAAUAGAUGGAGCGUCCGCAUUACACCGAGCUGCCUUUUACGGUCAUGAAAAUAUUAUUGAAAUUUUGUUAAAUAACGGAGCUGAAAUAGAUGAUGUUGAUGAACGAGCCUGGAGUCCACUUCACUGUGCUGUACAACAGGGCCAAGAAAAAGCAGUAAGGGUUCUCUUAUUAAAAGGAGCUAAUAUUAAUUUUUCUGACAUACAUGGUAGAACCCCUUUACACUGGAGUGCUCAGAAAGGUUAUGAAAAAGUUACCGAAAUCUUGUUGCAAAACAAAGCUAAUGUUAAUGCCACUGAAAACAAACUUGGUUUGGUACCACUACACCUAGCUAGUGCUAAUGGACAUCUAAAGGCAGUUCUUGCUCUUUUAGGUGCUAAAAAUAUAAACAUUAAUGCUGUUGAUUCAAGUUACAGAACAUCUUUACAUUGCGCUGUAUUUUUCGGUCAUACAGAAGUUGUUAAGACUUUACUAAAUAAAGGAGCUUAUUUUGAUACUGAAAGUGACAAUAAAUCGAAACCUUUGCAAACUGCGUCAGAGGAAGGUUAUUCAGAAAUAGUGAAAUCACUAAAGCUGAUUGAGAAGCUAUUCAAUGCUAUAAGAAAAAACAAUUAUUCCGAAGUUCAAAGUUGCAUUGAAAAAGGAGCAUUAAUUAAUAGUAAAAGUAUGCAUUUUGAAACACCUCUAUUUUAUGCAUCACGUAAAGGGUAUACUAAUAUAGUUAUUUGUUUGCUGGAAAAUAAUGCAAAUGUUAAUGUUGCUAAUCGAGAUGGUGUUACACCACUGCACGUUGCUACUAACAUAGAAACUGUGAAAUAUUUAUUAAAACAUGGCAUAACUUAUAGCAUUGAAAAUAAUGAAGGUAAAACACCACAUGACCUUUCUAAAGACAAGAAUAUUACUAAUUUGCUGGAGCUAGUCGAAGAAGUGUUUGAAGAUGCAAAAAGCGGAAAUAUUGGAAUCAUCAGCAAGUUGAAAGCUUUAAAAUCCGAUGAGUUUGUAGCUGUAACAAAUGCUCGUAAUUAUCAGGGAAAUACGUUAUUGCAAGUUGCUAUAGUUAAUAAACAUAGAAAUAUUGCGAGAGAGUUAUUAGAGAUACUAAAAUAGCCAGAGCAAAAUUUGCAAGAUGUUAAUUAAUAAAUAAAUAUACAAAUGAAGUUAAGUGUUCAA